AUGUUCUUCCCCGUGAUUGCAAAGGGUGUAAGGUUCAAUGUCGAAAAGAAGCAAGUUGGAAAUUAUUACUCUACAAAGAUAUGGAGCUUUACCAUGAAAGCUCCAUGCUGCAAGCAUGUAAUUGUGAUUCAAACAAAUCCAAAGAAUUGUCAGUAUUUGUUUAUUAGUGGGGCCCAAAAGAAGGUUGAAGAGUUUGAACCUGAAGAUGCAGAAACUAUGGUACUUCAAGUUGAGGAAGUUUUAUCUAAGUAUGCAAUGAGGAUUAUGGAAAAGGAAAUUGAAAAUCAUGAUGUUUGCCAACAUGAAAACCGAAAAAGAUACAAUAGCAACUAUUAUGCAAGAGAGAAGGAGAACAAAAUGAGAAAGAUAGCUAACGAUGAAGGAACCAGCCAAUUUACAACACAGUUGACAGACAAUGCAUUGGAGACGGUUCAAGUGGCUACUAUAAGUGCGGCUCAAAAGACGAGUACUUAUAACAAAGAAUAUUAUCAGUGA